ACGUGUGUUUAAGAGUGGCUGCGCGAAAACUGUAAUUAUAUGGUCUUAGUGGGGGAGUUGUAUAAAUAUACCUUCUCCGUUGAAAGUUCUGUUUACAAGUUCAGUAACAAGACCGGAGAACUCUGGAAAGGAGCAAUGGCUUCAAAAAUAAUUCUGGUGUUCUGCGUAAUAUUCGCAUCAUGGGUGCAAAUCGAUGCUCAUUCGUACAAUUUAGGAAAUUGUCCGAAUGUCGAACCAGCUACAGGAUUUCAAAUGAGCAAGUUCCUUGGUGUUUGGUAUGUAAUUCAAAAAACAUCAACAGCCAGUAAAUGUAUUUCUUAUAAUUACACUCGUGGCGAAGAACCUGGAGAAUAUGUAAUCACUCAAGAUUCCGAUGUUCCUGUUUUAGGAUUAACGUCAUUGAAACAUGAAUAUCACUAUACUGGCGAAUUAUCAGUCCCAGAACCAAGCACCCCAGGUCGUAUGUUGGUUCGUUUUCCACUAAAUGUUGCCGGAAGUGCGUCGCACGUGGUUUUCGACACGGACUACACCAACUACGCCGGUGUCUUCACAUGUCAAAAAUUAGGAUUCUUUCACCGAAAAAGCGCGACAAUUCUCUCAAGAUAUCGGGAUUUGGAUAAAUCUGUUAUUGACAAAGUACGACAAUCUUUAAGUAAUUUCAAUGUCGAUCCAUUUGAUUUGAGUAUUGUCACACAAACCAAUUGUCCAACGGGAAACAAUUCCCUGGACAUAAAUAUCAAUCCAAAUACAUUUACGGCUGAAAAUUUUGGUAAUGUCGUACGUAAAGCUGGUCAAAAACUCGGCGAUGGCGUUGAAUGGGUCAGUAAAGCUGGAAGUAAGGUCUAUCACAAAAUCACAGGCACUGAGGGGAAACCAGAACCAACACCCACAUUGUCCGUUCCGAAACCCGGUGAAAAUAUCAUUAAGGACGUUAAUGGUCGAAUAGAAAACAAUGAAGUCGAAUGGUUUCCUUAAAUUUAACACAAAAUAGCAUUUAAUAAUUUAAUAAUUAUUAAAUUAUUAAAUUAUUAAAUGUAAUCAAAUCCGAUUAAUUUAAUCCAAGAGAUUUAAUAAUUAAGAGCGUAAUUCUUUAUAUGGAGAAAAAUGGAAAAAAAUUUUAGAUAUACUGUAGAUUAAGUAAAAACUGAGAACAGUGUCGAGAUUAUGUAUUUUAAGAAACAAUAUUUAAAAUUACAGACAAUUUUUUUUCGUCUGUAUGUUAAAAAUUAAAAUUGUGAUAUGCUAAACGUAGACGUAAAUAUUUAACAAAUUAUUCUGUGUACUUUUACAAAUAUUUUCUUAAUACAUUAAUCUUUUUAAGAUUC